CCCCCCGUCCUCGCGGACCUGCGCCUCGCGCCGUUGCCAUGGCCCCCGCCCCGUUGCCAUGGCGGCCCCGCCCCGCGCGGUCACGUGACGCGCGGCGGCUCCGGGCAGGGUCCCCCCCCCCCCCGCCGCCGCCGCCGCCGCCCCGCCCCGGCCGCCGCCGCCCCCGCCAUGCUGCGGCCGCCCGGCAAUGCCUGUGGCUCGCGGCUCCGCUGAUCCGCUGGCGUCUCCGGCUCGCACUGUCCCCCAUGGGCUCCCCAGUGUCGUUCGUCCUCUCCAGGAUGGCGGCUUGUGGGGGGGCCGCUAAGAACAAGGUGACGGUCUCCAAGCGGGUUUGGGACUUCUUGACCAAGGAGAGCCCGGCCAAGCUGGCCCGUCUGAAGGAAGAGACGAAGGUCAGCAUCAUGGUGGACGGCGAGACCUCCGACAUCUACGUCCUGCAACUCUGCGUCCCCCCCCCCGGCCCCCCCGGGGGCCUCUGCCCGGCCCGUAAAGCCCUGAAAGCGUUACUGAAGGAAACGGAGAAAGAAUUGAAGAAGAAAACUCAACGCCAUGGCGAGUUGGUGGGCUGCGUCACCGUCCUGGAACCCGGCGGGACCGGUUUGGGGGGCCGGGGGCCGGCGGGAAGCCGUGGUGGGGGGUCAGCAGUAGCCGGUUGUUCGAGGGAAGAGGAACCCGACCGGCAGUGUCCCAUCUGCCUGGGGGAGAUCCAGAAAAUGAAGACGUUGGAGAAAUGCCGGCAUUCCUUCUGCGAGGACUGCAUCACCCGGGCGUUGCAGGUGAAGACGGCCUGCCCCAUGUGCGGGCGCUUCUAUGGGCAACUGGUGGGCAACCAGCCCCCCAAUGGGCGCAUGCUGGUCACCCGGGACGCCGGCCUCCUCCUCCCCGGCUACGAGAAGUUCGGCACCAUCAUCAUCCAGUACGUCUUCCCGCCCGGCGUCCAAGGGGUGGAGCACCCCAACCCGGGGGUACGGUACCCCGGCACCACGCGGGUGGCGUACCUGCCCGACUGCCCCGAGGGGAACAAGGUGCUGGGGUUGUUCCGCAAGGCCUUCGACCAGCGCCUCACCUUCACCGUCGGCACCUCCAUGACCACCGGCCGCGCCAACGUCAUCACCUGGAACGACAUCCACCACAAGACCAACUGCACCGGCGGGCCCCAGCUGUUUGGGUACCCCGACCCCACGUACCUCGCCCGGGUGCAGGAGGAGCUGCGG